GAGGCGCAGUAUCCAAAGGUGGUAUAGGAUUAAUGUUCUCGACUAUGGGUAAAUUUUCUGAAAGAGGCGCAGUAUCCAAAGGUGGUAUAGGAUUAAUAUUCUCGACUAUGGGUAAAUUUUCUAAGAGAGGCACAGUAUCCAAAGGUGGUAUAGGAUUAAUGUUCUCGACUAUGGGUAAAUUAUCUGAGAGAGGCGCAGUAUCCAAAGGUGGCAUAGGAUUAAUCUCCUGUAUGGGAGUUAAAGGAGUGUCGUCAACAAAAGGUUUGUCAUUUUUGAGUACGCUGAUUACUUCUAUUUCAGCGUUUAAAUUAGCCUGUAAUAGCUGUUGAAAGUAGACUUCGUCGUCAUAUAUAUAUUCCGUU